AUGACAAAUGGUGGAUAUGACUCCGUGAAGCGUUUUGUGGACGUUGAUGGGCCGGGAGUUGUACAGACGGAAAGCUCAAAGAGGCCGGCCGAUCCGAGUGAUCCUGGGCUCGGGCUCGGCGUCUUCGUCCAGGACCCUGCGACAGAGCAGCAAAGUCUCUCAGACGACCAUGUCGAUGUCGAGGAGGAAUGGGAACAGCUGGACCCAACUUCUGCAAUCUUGGAAGCUAUGAACUCGAAGGAGUCUCCGGCAGACACAGUGGAACGAGUGGCAGACUACUCUUCCACGGCACUGACGCUACCUCCGGGCUUGCACAGCGAGAUGGAUGCUCCCAUCGAGCUGGAAGAAAGCUAUCAAGGCUAUUAUGGCUUUCAAUACGGGCAUCCCAUGCCGGGUCAGGUCUCCGAUGGUGGGAUGUUUCAUGGAUCGUGGCAGUCGCCCGGCUACACAUACUACGAGGAGCAGUGGCAAAUUAACCCUGCGACAUUCAUUUCUGCAUUUGGCUAUUGCGACGCUGGAUAUGACUUCUCGGUGCCAACGAAAGCCGGAAAGCCUCGAGGUCGCAAGCACGCGGAGAUGUCAGGUUUUUGGAUCACGCAUGAGAAGAUGGGUUCGCUGUCCAGCCAGACCUACGAAAGGCCCGCCCAGGGGGUGGACGCCAGUGAUCCGCGCCGAAUCGUGUGGACCCUCGAGAAAGCCAGCCUGACCAGCAAGAACAAAGACCGGGAGAAGGUCUCGCCAUCCUUUCGCAUCCCGAUGGGCAGCCACGACGUUGAGUUCAAGCUGAACCUUUUUGCAACGUCGGUGUCAUCGAACCGCCACUGUUCUUCAUUCAAGAAGGCUAAGGGGAAAGGAUAUGUGGCAUUGAGAUGUGUCCAAAGCAUCAAUGACUGCACACAUCCGACGCUAAAGUUUCGAGUUAUUCUCGGUGACGAAGGAUCUGUAUCUAAGCAGACGUCACCCUUUAUUGAGCACGACUUCGCAGAGAAGCAGAUUUGCAACAUCCCGGCGCCCCUGCACGCCUCGAGAGGGGAAGAGGAAUGGGACUUCCUCAACGCCGAUGCUGACAAGCUCACUUUUGUGGUUGUUCUCGAAGUGGCCGCACCGAGCACUUGA